AAGCACAGAACAAGUUGUGCACCCUCUUCAACAUACCCUAUCAACGAACGUGCCACAAAGUAUGUGGAGUCACGAACUGGCCUUUGUCACUGUGGACUGCGGACAAAUGUCAUUGAAGUUGUGGCUAGUGACUUGGACCUGCCUUGGACGGUAUUUAAGUAGGUCUGUCGACCAUCAUUUUCUUGUAACCGCUCUCUUCUCAACGGGCCAGUCCCUUUCGAAUCAUCGUAACCACUGUAUUCUUUAUUUCGACUUGCUACCUAACCCUAACAAACCAAUUAACCAACAUGCCCGCUCCAAAUAAUGCACCACCCGCGGCUCACCGCGAACUCCAGCGCAAGUGUCCGAUCAAUGACUUGCCUCCAGAGCUUUUCUGGCACAUAUUCGAGUCGGGCGUGUCCUGUCGCAACUCCCAAAAACGUAUUGAUUUUGCGGUCUUGGUAUCGCAUGUUUGCGGCAAAUGGCGCGAUAUCGCUAUCAGCUGCUCCUUUCUGUGGACGGAUAUCACCAUCACGAGCGAUACCAUGUACGACGUUGACUCGGAUGGACAGCUUGCUAUCGUCAACACAUCUCUUCUUCGUGCAAGGGAGUUCGCCUUCCGCUCUGGAGUCCGUUCGUUGUCUGUCCGACUCAAAUUGCUCACUAUACCCAACUUCGGAUAUCUUCGAUCAGGCACGGUAAUAAUAAUGGACUGGCUCCCCCUGGUAUUACCACGCAUCAAAUAUCUCUCGGUACACUGUGACGUGUUGGAAGUUGCAUGGACCGUCAUAAAUCGUUUAAGGGCAGCCCCAAUGGAGAAUCUGGAGACUUACAAAAUGAAGUUUGGCACUACAGUCCUAUCCUUUUUCCCAUUUAUGCCGCCACCACCCAUACCGCGCUUUCUUUUCCUGGCUCGCCAACAUGAAGAACAGUUUGCACAGGUAGUGAACAAUUUGCACCCAAGGUUGACGCGGGUUACAUCUUCUGGAAUCCCAGUCUCAUGGUCUCGGUGGUCUUUAACGCGGCUGACAUCUUUAUCGAUCAACUUCAUGGCCUUACACGACCGACCUUCGAUGGAUAUGCUGAAAAACAUCCUUACAAUCAACGGAGAAACUCUGGAAAAGCUCGAAAUCCAAGGCGCCAUUCAGCAGUUUGGGAGGCUACCCCGUGACGCGGAUGAGUUGCCGUCGAACUUGCCUAGGCUCAUUGACCUUACGCUCGGUUAUCUGUCCCAGUGGGAAGCUAUAAAUUUUUUCCUUGGCUUCGAGGCACCUGCGCUGAAGCACCUCAAGCUAUGUGACAUCUCUCGCUCAAUUCUCGCUCAGCACUGGCCCCAGCACUUAAACAAUCAGGACUUCCAGAACAUGCCUGCCCUUCAACCCUUCAACGAUUUUUCUUCUACGAACAUUCUCGAACAUCUAGUUUAUGUAUGGACCCCACAACUUAAACGAAUUGAAACGCUCGUACUCGAACAUUUUAGGCUAUCACCUAUUUUCUCCGACCUCUUCUUGCAAGACGACGAUGCGUUGAAACAACUUUACGAGGGUCGUGUUACAUGUUUGCGCCUUCGAAGCCUCGUCCUCGUCAACCCGGAGAAGUGUUUCAUCCAUGCACUCAAUAUGUAUCCUGAUGGUGCCGAUCCCGAUGAUCCCAAAAACAGCAGCCCGGCCCCCGUGCUUACUCACCUCUUUCUGAUUCUCCUUGCGAAGGAAAUGGGUCCGCAUGUUUUGGACUACCUGGAACUGGCGACGGCGGAACAAGAUGUGGAGCAUCUGUUGGAGAAUAUCGUCCGUCUUGCGAAUAGAUCCCUCGCUACCUGAAUCUCGUGUGUUUUGUGUCCUUAAAAGUGUACGUAGUAGACCUUAGUGACGAAAAGAAAAACUUAUAUGUUG